AUGUCACAGCUCCCAGACCCUACGGCAGAUCUUGACUGGUCUGGCUACCAAGGAUCAAUCCAGUGGCAUUUCGGCCAAAAUGCACAAAAUUACCCCGACAGAAUUUGUGUCGUAGAGACAAAGUCAGCCGAAGGCCCCGAGAGAAUCUUUUCUUACAGGCAGAUCUAUGAAGCCUCGAAUACGUUAGCCCAUUAUCUCACCAAUGCUGGCAUUGAACCUGGUGAUGUUGUAAUGAUAUGGGCUCAUCGCUCUGUAGAUUUGGUCAUCAGUAUUAUGGGCACCUUGAGUUCCGGUGCUACUUUUAGCGUCCUUGAUCCUGCUUAUCCUCCCUCAAGACAGAAAAUAUACCUUGAAGUAGCUCAGCCUCGCGCAUUAGUUAAUAUUGCGCGUGCUACCGAAGAGUCGGGACAACUAGCACCACUUGUACGGAAUUACAUUGAUACCGAGCUUCAACUAAAGGCCGAAAUACCGGCCCUUCGUCUUGGCGAUGAUGGUACAUUAUUUGGCGGUGGAUCUCAAUCGCAGGACCUAUUUUCCCAGGUAAAGUUUAAAGCAUCAUCGCCACCAGAUGUGGAAGUUGGUCCGGAUAGCAAUCCUACCCUUUCUUUUACCUCUGGAAGCGAGGGAAGACCCAAGGGAGUGCUCGGCCGCCACUUUAGCUUGGUAUAUUAUUUUAGCUGGAUGGCUGAAAGGUUCAAUCUCAGUUCCCAAAGUAGAUUUACACUGCUCUCGGGCAUUGCACAUGACCCCGUACAGAGGGAUAUUUUUACCCCACUGUUUCUUGGGGCUCAAUUGCUUGUGCCAUCUAAGGAGGAUAUCCAGCAUGAAAAGCUUGCUGAAUGGAUGGCGGAGCAAAAACCAACAGUUACGCACUUAACACCUGCCAUGGGUCAUAUUCUAGUCGGGGGUGCAGAAGCUGAGUUCCCUUCGUUGAAAACCGCUUUUUUUGUGGGUGACGUUCUCACCAAAAGAGAAUGCCAAAGUCUGAGACAACUCGCCAUGAACACGAAUAUUAUCAAUAUGUACGGAACCACUGAGACACAAAGAGCCGUCAGUUUUUAUGAAAUUCCUAGUCGGGCCGAAAAUCCUAAAGCAUUAGACGCUAUUCAUGGUAACAUUCCUGCCGGGAAAGGAAUGAAGAACGUCCAAAUUUUGGUUGUAGACCUAAAUAAUCGGUCAAAAAUUUGCGACGUUGGCGAGGUCGGGGAAAUCUAUGUUAGGGCAGCGGGGCUAGCUGAGGGAUAUAAGGGAGACCAGGCCAUGAAUGCCGAAAAAUUCCACAUAAAUUGGUUUGUGAACAAUGAAAAAUGGGUCGAAGCCGACAAGCUGAACGCAAAAGGUGAGCCCUGGAGAAAGUACUACAAGGGACCUCGAGAUAGGCUUUACCGUACAGGGGACCUUGGGAAAUACCUUGCAUCUGGAGAUGUAGAAUGUACAGGACGCGCCGAUGAUCAAGUCAAGAUUCGAGGUUUCCGGAUUGAAUUGAAUGAGAUCGAUAGUAACCUUGGCCAGCACACUUUAGUCAGAGACUGCAAGACACUUGUCCGUAGAGAUAAGGAUGAAGAACCCAAACUUGUUAGCUACAUCGUGCCAGAGAUUAGACAGUGGUCUGAAUGGCUCAAGUCACAUGGAUUUGAGGAAUUAGAUGAUGAUGGUGUUGACACCGGACCGACAAGAUAUUUUCCGAAAAAGUUUCGCCGUCUACAAGCAGACAUCAGAACUUUCUUAAAGUUACGAUUACCUGAUUAUGCGAUUCCUACUGUAUUCAUCAUGCUUCAAAAGCUGCCACUUAACCCUAAUGGGAAGAUCGACAAGCCAAAUCUACCAUUUCCAGAUGUUGCAGAACAAAUAGAGAGAACCACUUCUGAGGAUUUUGAAAGAUGGAAGACACUGACAGUCAUCGAGCAGAAUGUCGCAACUAUAUGGGCUGAUCUACUUCCUGGAAUUAAUGCCAAAACAUUGACGCAGCAAAGUAACUUCUUUGACCUUGGUGGUCACAGUAUUAUAGCACAGCAGAUGCUUCUGCGCAUUCGUCGAGAGAUGAACGCAAAUAUUUCUAUAAGUAAACUUUAUGAAUUUUCUAGUCUAGGAGGAAUUAGUGCCCAGAUUGAAAAAUUAUUGAGUAAAUCCCAAAGUGGAAUAGACGAGUUAGAUGACUCAGAUACCCAAUACGCACGAUCUUUUGAUGAACUUGUUAAAUCGAUUGCGCCCACAUUUCCCACGGUUGAAAUAGAGAAAAUACGUGAGCUUGAAAGUCCUACGAUUUUUCUAACUGGUGCAACUGGAUUUCUCGGCGCAUAUAUCAUAAAGGAGAUUCUAUCCCGCACGAAAAAAUCGUUCAAAGUAAUUGCUCAUGUCCGUGGCGUCGAGAGUAUUGAAAUGGCGUUCCUCAGACUCCGAGAUUCGUUGAUGGGUUACGGUAUUUGGCAAGAAACAUGGCAACACCGAAUCUCAUGCGUUGUCGGUGACUUGUCCAAACCAAGAUUAGGAGUAUCUUUAGCGACCUGGAAAGCUCUCGCUAAUGACGUAGAUAUUAUCAUCCACAACGGUGCUACAGUUCAUUGGGUUAAACGCUAUAGUGAAUUGCUGGAAUCAAAUGUUAUCUCUACUAUCGAUGCCAUGUCUCUCUGCAGGGAAGGAAAGCCUAAAAUCUUCACAUUCAUCUCGUCUACCUCAGUUCUAGAUACCGAUUAUUAUCUCUCCCAUUCGGAACUAAAUGUAAUGGGCGGUCGUCAUGGGAUUCUCGAAAGUGACGACUUGCAUGGUAGUCGUACAGGCCUCAAGACGGGCUAUGGACAGUCAAAAUGGGUAUCGGAAAAGCUAAUUCUCGCAGCAGGAUCUCGUGGAUUAUGCGGAUCAAUCAUCAGACCUGGAUAUAUUCUCGGUGACCAAGAAACUGGCGUCAGCGUUACAGACGACUUUUUAAUCCGUCUGCUCAAAGGAUGUAUCCAAUUGUCAUCACGCCCUCAUAUCACUAAUACUGUCAACACUCUUCCAGUUAACCACGUUGCUCUACUAGCAGUAGCCGCCUCACUCAACGUACCCUCUGUAUCGAUUUCCGAAACUACGAAUCGUAUUCACGUAAUUCACGGUACGGCACAUCCCCGCCUGAAAAUGAACGAACUACUCUUUUCUCUAGAACAUUAUGGCUACUCUGUUCCCGAAUGUGGAUAUGACAAGUGGAGGAAAGAACUAGAGGCUUAUGUCACAACGAAUGUUGUCACACCUGAAGACGAACAACACGCACUCAUGCCGCUCUUUCAUAUGUGUAUUGAUGAUUUGCCUAGUUCGACAAAAGCGCCUGAGCUUAAUGACUCUAAUGCAGUUAGUGUGCUAAGAGAUGAUGCAUACCAUUGGACUGGCAUAGAUAGCAGUGAUGGUAAAACUGUGAGUCAAGAACAAAUUGGUACUAUACUGGCAUAUCUCGUAGCCAUCGGAUUUAUACCUAAGCCCGAUGAAAAUAGAGGCACUAAACUACCAGUUAUAGCAUUGGUACCAAAUUUGGAUUCAUCUAGGAGAAAGGUCGGCGGAAGGGGAGCAAAAUAG